AUGGGUUGGUUUUCAGGAGACAGCAAAAACGAUCCUGUGAAGAAGCUUGACCCAGGCCUCCGGGAGUACCUUGAACAAGAGCGACCAGACAAAUAUGUUCCUGCGCCGGACGUGAAACCGCCUACCCCGUCGCCGCAGCAAGAGCCAGCCGAUCCCUCGAAGCCAACCGUUCCUGCACAAUCACUCUAUCCCGAUGGUCGUUAUGCGGAUCUGUGGAAGACAUACAAGCCCCCGGUCAGUGCCGACGGAGGCGAUGGGGUCCGCGGAGCGGCACGAGUGAUUGAGAAGUUCAAGGAGCGUGGCGAUACAGUGCAACGGGCAGCGAUGGAGAACUGCGCCAUGGAGCAUGAGGCCCUCACGUUAUGCUUCCAGACCGGAAACUGGCGCAAGCAACUUGAAUCGCGAUUGACCAUGUGCGCGGCGGAGAAUGGCACCUUCUCACGAUGCUUUACAACUCAGAGUAAAUUCCUUCAAGCAUUGGGCUAUGCAUCAUCGUUCGAAUAUGACGCCGAGAAAGAAGAACGAAUUCAGAUGCAUGCCGACAAGCUCUACCACCAGAUGUUGGACUAUGAGAAACGAGUGGAGGAAGCCAAAGCCGCGGGAACAGAGCCACCACCAAUUCAGUCCCUCUUCAAUCCUGAGGCCUCAAUUUCCACAGACAAAUCCCAGGUCAUUGAGAUCCCCGGCGGCGAGUCUGUCCCAGCUGGCUUCAAGCCAUCCAAACCGCUACAGAAACUCACACCGCAUGAGCGGGAACUGGAGAUUCGAGCUUAUAAUGCUCAUCUUGAGCAGACAAAGCUGUAUGCCGAAGAGGCCAGUCCAUAUAUGAAGACGCAAACAGAUGCUCGGUCGAAGAGACAGGAAAAGGCCGUCAGCUGGUUUGGCGAGACAAUUGGAAAGUGGGUGUCCUAG